UACAGGUGAUCUAACGCGGCGGCGACGACAGAAGCCAAUGACCAGACUGCAGGUUCUAGGGCUAUAGAUUCACCAUGGACAAGUCCAGAGCCAAGUCAAGCGAACCUUCAAGGCCGGAUCUCACAGUGACACUGGACGCUCUCGUGGCAGAUGAGGCGACAUUCCUGGGCCGAAUCUCACUUCAGAGACUGAAGACAUUCUUGGAGAAGAAAGCUGAAGAGGGUAUUGAUACUCUUGACUUUCACGCUAAUGGCUACAUCACAGAUGCUGUCCUCCAUGUCCUGCGAGAUGUCCUGUGUAACAAGACAAAACGAGAGAAGUACCUGAGUACACUGAAGGUGAUGGAUCUGACUGGCUGCUUCAACAUAACAGACACGGGCGUCGGCUGGGUUGGUGACAUCGUGCUCCAUGCAUCUAACAUGACCAAGGUACUUCUGGAUGGCUGUGUCCGUGUGACCGAUGCUGGACUGGCGGCCGUCCAGAACGCCAAGCCAUCUCUAUCCAUCUCCGUAAUGUCCACAUCAGUGUGUCACUUCAACCUUGCCUAUGCAACACAGGGGUGCCCCCUGCUCAAAGACGCAAAUCACAGUAAAGAGCGUACCAAGCUGCCGUAUGGUCAGACUGUGAUUGUCCCGCACCCAAAGGUGGAUGUCAGUCUGUCAGAGUAUUUGUCCAAGAAGAAGGAAAGUAGUCGUAAUGGCCGCCCACUGUGUCACGUGAAGGACUGGAACAUCAAAAACUGGAAGCUGGCUCUCACUGAGAUGGAACAUUCCAAUCCGCUGUUUGACAUCCUGUUGCCUAGCAACCCGGCCCAAGUAGUGAUCCCUGUCGACGCUGCAUGUGAUCCCAGUGAUGCCCGGACCCACAUCGCUGCCACCAUCACCAGGGUGCUGGGCAAGGAAACAAUAAAGCCGUAUUAUAAGAAGCAGCAUAUGGAGAUAAGGAGGCACCACAAAAGAUUCAUGGACGUUCACCGAACAACCAAAGUGAACAUGUCUGAGGAGGGAGUAAUCACGUGUCUGACGAAGGUGUUGGGCGUGUACGUGUCUCGACAGCCGCUGAGCCGCAGUAACCCCUACUUCCAGGUGGAGAACCUCGGGGAAGACAGCACCAACAACCUUCAGAUCAUGAUUGGAUGCACCUUUGACCGAGGCAUCAUGCCCACCCAUCCGAAGCAUGACUCGGGGGAGUCUACACUAGUCACGUUCCUCAUAGCCCCUGGGGAUGUGGUUGGCUUUGGCGUGGAAGGCGAGUGGGAGUCGGAGUAUAUGCCAAAGGAAGGCAGUUCCAAUUUCUACUGUAUCAAGAAUGAUGAAAUGAUACUGAAUGUGAUCUACAAGUAUCCCCCUCGACUUGGCAUGUACCCGUUCCUGAAUAUGGAGGGGAAGAAAGGUGAACCCCAGAUCCGACUCUGCAACUUUGUCCCCAGACCACCGAAAAAGGGAAAAGUGUGUUUUGAGCCUUGCUCUGCAGAUUACCUCCAGUUUAAUGAAGAGGGCAUUUUGUCGCUGUGCUAUGAUGGAGGGGGUAUCUGUACCAACAAGUUGCCGAUCUCACAACAGAACAACAGCUGCACUCUCCGUAUCCUGAAGCUGGGCGAGAAGUCAAAGAUCUGUCUGGGUCUCGGACGUGAGAACUAUGCGUACUACAAGAACCUCGGCAUGACAGACGACACUCUAGCCCUCCAAGGAGAUAGUGGGAGAGUGUUCAUCAGCGGCAAGGUUGUACAGGAAAACACUGAAGAGAGAGUGUGGAAGGAGGGGGAUGAAGUCACCAUCACAGUCACCGGGUUCAAGAAUGACAUAAUCAAACCUGGAGAAACAGUCACUGUGGAGUUCAGUAUAGGAGGAACCAAGGUUGCAGAGGCACCGCUCAGGUUCAGCUCAUCCUAUGGGAACAGAUGUGUCUUCAUGGUUGGACUUUUCGGCAAAGAUGACCAAGUCCAGAUUCUAAACUUCUGUGCACCACAUUACACUCAGCCUCCAGUGAUGAAUCAGCUGACAAUGGGGAGGCGUUACUUAUUGAGGUUGUCUGAUGAUGGCACUCUCAUGUCCACAAAUGCAAGGUAGUAUCCCACACACUGGUUGAUGCAGUUUUAUGUAGUAUUCAACUCCCUGGUGACUGUAGCUUUAUGUAGUAUUCAACUCCCUGGUGACUAUAGCUCUAUGUAGUAUUCAACUCCCUGGUGACUAAAGCUUUAUGUAGUAUUCAACUCUCUGGUGACUGUAGCUUUAUGUAGUAUUCAACUCUCUGG